AUGGGCUGGUUCUGGGCGGACGCACCGAAAGUGAGCGCACCUGCGCCGCAACCACAACCACAACCACAACCGCAACCGCAACAUUCCGCCGCCUCUCCUCCGCCAGGAUGUCCUAUGCAUAAAUCAGACAAUGGAAGCCCGUCACCUUUCCCUCCACGGCUCGACCCAUCGACAUCGACAGCUUCAUCAUGUCCAGUCAAAUCUCCAAACCACCCGCUGAGAUACCAACCUUCGGAAUCCCUGAGUAGUCAACCUCAAUCUUCCGAGCAAAGGCCUCCUCCGCAAUCCUCUUAUGCUUCAACUUUAUCCAAACUCAACCCUCUGAAUUACAUGCCCUCCCUCUCCAACAGUCGCCCGGAUGAUUCCCCUCAAUCGAUACAUUUGCCUCUUGACCGGGAACUGUCUUCCAUUCCGCGCAGUGACUCGCAGUCCAACUGGGAGUACCCCUCCCCACAGCAGAUGUACAACGCAAUGCUUCGCAAGGGUUACACCGACACCCCCGCGGAACACGUCGAGGCCAUGGUGGCCGUGCACAAUUUCUUGAACGAGGGGGCGUGGGCUGAGAUCGAGGAGUGGGAACGCAUCUUCUCCGGAGGCUUAUGGAAAGGAUGGGAGACUUGUUCGCGGGGGGAACAGGCCAUCAUUUUAGAGAGGGCGAGGCAGGAAUACGCCGCCCAACGACGAAUAGCCCUCGGUCUACAACCGGACCCCCGAGAGGACGAGUCGAAACCAAAACUGAUCCGCUUCCAAGGCCGGCCCCAAGAACCUUCCCCAAAAGCCCGAAUUCUGCAAAUGUUGGGCAAAGUCUUCCCGGACCAUUUCUCUCAAGAUCCCCCCUUUGACCGCCACGACUGGUACAUCUCCCGGAAGCUCCCCAACGGGUCGACAAAGGAAGUGCGAUACGUUAUAGACUAUUAUGGCGGUGGUGUCGAACAGGAAACAGGGCAACCAGUUUUCUACUUGGACAUCCGACCUGCACUGGAUACUCCGACGGCGGCAGUGGAGAGGGCCAUGAGGUGGGGAGGCGAUGUGUGGCAUCGAGCCUCUGGAGGUUCGGCGAGGGAGGCUGCCGCACGAACACGAGGAAGGGAGAAUGGAUCAUGA